UAGCUUCGUCUCUGAAAUACUUAAUAACUGCUUAGAAACACACCUUGUUGCGCUUUUUAAAUUAUGAGAUUAAUAUAUACUUGAAAAGGUGUUAUCUUAACCAAAUAGUUUUCUACGAAGUGACAGAAAACAGGAAAAGGUGGGUGAAUCUGCCAUGGGGGAUCUGCUGGCGGUAAAAACAAGCCGACAUGUCAGCUGAUAAUCCCCGUGCCCCGGCUCCUUGACAGCUUCCAGAGUGCUGGCUGCUUCGGGACCAAGCGAGAGAGCCUGUCAAAGAAUAUGAAGAAAAACCGAGAAAGAUUCUGCAACAAAGAAAGGGAGUUUGUGUAUAAAUUCAAAGUAGGAACUGAGUGCUUAGAAUUGAGAGUACCCCUCAAAUUUCCUGUUCAGGAAAAUGCCAGUCAUUUGCAUGGACGUCUGAUGCUGCUUCACAGCUUGCCAUGCUUUAUAGAAAAUGACUUAAAAGAAGCUCUGAGCCACUUUAUAGAGGAAGAAUCCCUCAGGGAUUAUGAUAGAGAUGCUGAAGCAUGCUUGGAGGCUGUGAAAUCAGGUGAAGUAGAUUUACAUCAGCUGGCAAAUACAUGGGCCAAAGCUUAUGCUGAGAGUACAUUAGAGCAUGCAAGACCUGAAGAGCCCAGCUGGGAUGAAGAUUUUGCAGAUGUAUAUCAUGAUCUAAUACAUUCUCCUGCUUCUGAAACUCUUCUAAAUCUGGAACAUAAUUACUUUGUUAGUAUCUCAGAACUGAUUGGUGAAAGAGAUGUGGAGCUGAAAAAAUUAAGAGAAAGACAAGGUAUUGAAAUGGAAAAAGUAAUGCAGGAAUUGGGAAAAUCACUGACAGAUCAGGAUGUAAAUUCACUGGCUGCUCAGCAUUUUGAAUCUCAGCAGGACUUAGAAAAUAAAUGGUCAAAUGAAUUAAAACAAUCAACAGCCAUCCAAAAGCAAGAAUAUCAGGAAUGGGUAAUAAAACUUCAUCAAGAUCUAAAAAACCCCAACAACAGUUCACUCAGUGAGGAAAUUAAAGUUCAGCCAAAUCAAUUCAGAGAAUCUGUGGAAGCAGUUGGAAGGAUUUAUGAGGAACAGAGAAAGUUAGAGGAAAGUUUUACUAUUCACUUAGACUGUUGCCUACUCCCAGGAGCCCAGUUGAAGACCAUGCAUAAUUUGAGAUUGUUGAGAGCAGACAUGCUGGACUUCUGUAAGCAUAAAAGAAACCAUCGAAGUGGUGUGAAACUCCAUCGGCUCCAAACAGCACUGUCACUUUAUUCUACAUCUCUCUGUGGUCUGGUUUUACUAGUAGAUAAUCGAAUUAAUUCAUAUAGUGGUAUUAAGAGAGAUUUUGCCACAGUUUGCCAAGAGUGUACCGACUUCCAUUUUCCCCGAAUUGAAGAGCAACUGGAAGUUGUCCAGCAGGUGGCACUUUAUGCUAGAACACAGCGCAGGAGCAAGUUGAAAGAAGCACAUGAUUCUGGAAACCAAAAUGGAGGAAGUGAUGAUAAGAAUAAAAAUACUGAGAGAAAUUAUUUAAAUAUUUUACCUGGGGAAUUUUACAUAACACGACAUUCUAAUCUCUCAGAAAUUCAUGUUGCUUUCCAUCUUUGUGUGGAUGACAAUGUGAAAUCAGGAAAUAUCACUGCUCGUGAUCCUGCCAUUAUGGGACUUAGAAAUAUACUCAAGGUUUGCUGCACCCAUGACAUCACAACAAUAAGCAUUCCUCUGUUGCUGGUUCACGAUAUGUCAGAGGAAAUGACUAUACCCUGGUGCUUAAGGAGAGCAGAACUUGUGUUUAAGUGUGUCAAAGGUUUUAUGAUGGAAAUGGCUUCAUGGGAUGGAGGAAUUUCUAGGACUGUACAAUUUCUAGUGCCACAGAGUAUUUCUGAAGAAAUGUUUUAUCAACUUAGUAACAUGCUCCCCCAGAUCUUCCGAGUCUCAUCAACACUUACUCUGACAUCCAAGCACUAAACCCUUAUAGAUGGACACACUGGCAGAAGCGGAUUGUUAAACUCUCCAGGAACUUGAGCUAUGCUGGAAUCCUGUCAAGCAAAAGAUGUUCAGAAAGAGAACCUGCAACCUAAGCCACAAGUGAAAUCAUGAUAUAUGUCUGUGAAACAUUCCAAAAAUUUCUAUACUGAACAAACUAGUGAUCAGCCCCUAAAUGAAACAUUCAUUCUUAAAGUCUUUUUAUAAAAGAAUAUCUCCCUUUUUCUACUUUUAUGUCCUAAAGUGAAUGUUAGUAAGUUAAUACUUCCUUUUUAUCACACAUUUGCUAUAGGAAUCUCUUGAGUACAUUUUUGUGGUGACUUUUGACUUUCCCAAAAGGCUUGAAUUACUUACCAGGUACAGAAUUAUUUGCCAAAUCAAAAUUAAAAAGCACUGAAAUAUGCAUUACAAGUAUGGGUUUCUUGUGAAAAUCUUUCUAUAGAAAUACAAAUACAUGAGAAAUAUGUGCUUAUUCUUUUAAGUUUCUUCCUUCAAAGCCUUGCUUUUAAUCUACUCUUUCUAAGCUUGUAUAAGUUAAGAGUCAAAAAAGGCUUUGAAUUCUUUACUUCUGUCUCAUCUUCCCUCUGUGACCUUGCCCUUGUCUAUAAAUAACAUUUCAUGGGCUGAGAAAAUAGUGUUCUUUUUUGCCAGCCUGAUGUAAAGUUAGUCCAAACCAGCACCUGGUGCGAUUUUAGUGCUCAGCAACAUUGUGACAAUGAUGUGACAAUCAGAGAAUGAGGAUCAUUUUUAUUUUUCUAUUCUUCUUCCUACAUUCUCAGCUUUCUUACCCAUUCCUCUAUCCCUUAUUUUCUUUGCAGAUAACAGUGUCCCCAUUUCUGUCUUACUGUUUCCCCUCCUCUUCCAUUGUAUUCACUGGCCCCCAUUCUGUACUGUUCUUUCCUUUCCUCCUUUCCACACUGUGUGUCAUUUAUCUCAUCUAUAACAUUUUUGCCAUGACUACAUUAAACAAAAGCAUGCAGA